AUGAGUGAAGUUUAUAAACUUGGUGAUUUAGUUUGGGCAAAAAUGAAGGGAUUCAGCCCCUGGCCCGGCCGGGUAGCCAUCCCAACACCAGAGCUGAAGCCCCCCAAGAAGGCAACUAAUGUUCAGUGCAUUUAUUUCUUUGGGACUAAUAAUUAUGCGUGGAUCGAGGAGCACAAUAUAAAACCCUACCAAGAGCACAAAGAGCAGUUGAUCAAGUCGUGCAAAACUGCCGCCUUCAAAGAAGCCGUCAAUCAGAUUGAGGAGUUCAUUGUUAAUCCGGAGAAAUUCGGUGAUAUCGACGACCACGCGAGAGGCAAUCCUGAGGAGGAAUUCGACAAGCUCAAAGACGUUAUGAACGAAGACAGCUCUGAGGAGAAGCCUGAUGAAGAAGCUACUCCUGAGGUCAAGAAGAAAACCGCAACUCCCAAGAUCCGUUUGGGCAUUUCGAAGGUGAAGGCCAAGCGCGCCUCCUCGGCCGGCCUGAAGGGCAGCCCGCGCAAGAAGCCCAAGGGCCUCCGGCGCUCCUUCACCGACAGCGAGGCGGCCGCCCACAAGCCCUCCAUGCUCAACCACUCCUUCUCCAAGAAGUCCAGCCUGCUGCACCGCCCCUCCAACAUACUGAGGCCCGAGACGCCGCCGCUGGACCUGGAGAACGUGUCGGAGACGCUGCUGGAGAAGAAGAUCAAGGCGAGCCAGAUGCGCUUCGGCUUCCUGGGGCUGGGCAUCAUGGGCGGCGGCAUCGUCAAGAACCUGCUCAACUCGGGCCACAAGGUGCUCGUGUGGAACCGCACCGGCGCCAAGGUACCGCCCCCCCCCCGCCCCCCUCGCCCCCUCGCCCCCCUCGCCCCCUCGCCCCCUCGCCCCCCUCGCCCUCCUCACCUUCCUCACCUUCGGCUAAAGUAUAAAGUUUUCUUUUGUCUAGUCUUCCGC